GGGCGGGGUUACACCUUUCAGUGGGAAUCCUCGGUUCAAAAAGCUUUUCGCGAGAGUGUAGGCUUGUUUCUGCUUUCAGUACGGACUCAAGAGACGACAAAAGAGGACCAAAAAUAUGCUCUCCAUAAGCGGGACACGGGUUUAUUUUCGUUGACGAAGUUUUUUAACUGCGCUGAAGAUUGAAACAAACAAACCCAAAAAAAAACAAAACAGAAAAGCAGCAACAAAUCGUGCAGGUGGCAGAGCAGCAGAGCAACACGUUGACCAGGAACCAGAUCAGCUCCAGACUCAUCAUCCAGACCUGCUCGUCUCACCUGAGCCCGACAAGAGAGAUAAAGAUGUCUGUGGAGAGUUACUCUGCUCUGGAUGAGUCCUCUCUCAGAGCUCUGCUGGAUGGAACCGUGGAUCUGGACGAGAGACGCCUCAUCCGUUCAGCCAUCCGGGAGUUGAGGAGGAGGGAGAUCGAGGACAUGGAGGCCGCUCUGGCCAGCAAGAGAUUUCGACCCACACGCCUCAAACAGCAGGAGGACAAGGAGAACCAGCACAGGUCAGAAUCCAGCGACAACUUGGACGUCCUGUCACGAAAACUGCAAUCAAUCCAGGACAUUGAUGAGCUCACGAAAAUGCUCCGUGCCGCCAGCGAGUAUGAGGAGAGGAAGAUGAUCAGAGCAGCCAUCCGACAAAUCCGCGAUGAACAGCAGCAAGGGACUGUGGAACGGAGUAAAGCUCCGGGUUGCUGCCAGGAGCCUGAGAGUGUGGAGCCCCAGAGCAGCAUGGGAACUGGGGAGACAGAGCGGGAGAGUCACAGUGAGCGUAACAGAUCUCAGAUCCGGGAGUUACGCAGCCAGCAGACACAACAAAGCAGAGAGCUGCAGAGAUUAGGCUCCAACUCAGGCAUGGUGUUGGUUCUGGAUCACCUGGUGAAGGACGAUGGUCCUGCACCUCUGGUGAUCCAGCCGCAGAGAGAGGCUGUGACCACAGAGCCUGACCUGGUCCUGCCUCAUCGUCAAAGGUCUGACUCCUCAGCUUCAGACCGCAGUGUGACCUCUGUGCUUUCCAGGUCCAAUCUGGAUUCUGUGGCCUCAGAGAAGAGUCUGGGCUCAGCCUACAGAGCCCGGCUGGACUCUGGAGCCUCAGACAGGAGCCAGAGUCCCUUCCAGCGUGGCCGGCUAGACUCUGGGGCAUCAGAGCGAAGCGUCGGCUCCCUGUCCUACGCCAGACAGAGACUGGGCUCAGAUGUCUCCGACUCUGGCGUCAGACCCCGUUUGGGCUCCGGGGCUUCAGACAGCGUUGGUCUUUUGUCACGGAAACGGACUGACUCGGGGACAUCUGACCGGAGUGUGAGUAUGUCCUCUGAGGAGAGGGGUCCAGCGGAGGAGGUGGAGGUAGCCACGAGUGGUUCAACUUACAGCACAGAUUCAGAAACCGAGAGCGGAAGCCAAGGUCCAGCCGACCUCCAGGCUCGGUCCGAUCAGGACUGCAUCAUUGACCAGGACCAGCCCGAUGGCGCUGUUUUAUCUAGGAAGGAUCCUGCAAAUGGUCUGCUCAACGGCAGCACCAAGGGAAAAAACGACUUCCAGAAACAAAAGAUGACAAUUAACAGCGAUCUGCCCCUCACUCAUGGCAGCAAGGAUUCUGCACCUGAGAAGAAAGAUAUCGUAUUGGAACAAUUCAACCGUACCAACUCAGUGCGUGAUCGAAUGCGCAAGUUCACGGAGUCCAGCCAGAGCCCGAAUGUCCCCGCUUUGAAGAAAGCUCCUCUGAGGAACGGGACCACCUCCGGCAGCGGUGGCCAGACGAAUAUCUCCAGAGCCGCGGAGCUGUUUACACACACAGCAGCAUCCCUCAGCACAUCUGGAGACAGGCCAGCACGGCCACGUGUGGACUCCACAUCUAGCACCUCUGGCGCAUCCCAGAGUCAGGCUGUACCUCAGCCAAGAGGCGUGGCCAACAAACCUCUGUCUUCUGCUAGCCAAUGGCAGAACUCCAUGGGUGGGACGAGGCAUCCAGCUGAAAAAGAUGUGCAUGCCUCCAGUGACUCAAAGGAAGACAGGACCCCAGGGAGAGCAGCUGGACAGCAGGUCACCCAGGGAGAGGCAGACCCGGACAUGAAGACUUUCCUCACCAUCGAGAUCAAGGAUGGGCGCACCACCACUUCCUCCUCUACGGCCACCCCUAGGGGCAACAUGGUACCCAUCACCAACAUGACCCCGCGCAUCACCACCACUAAUGCUCUGGGACAGAGAGCAGAGCUGACCCUUGGCCUCAGAGCUACACCGUUCAAGCUCUCCUCAUCCAGCCUCUCCUCCGGAUCCUCCAUCAAGAUGGAGACAGAGCCCGUCGUGGCCUCUGAGCCGGUGUUUUCAGUUGGACCGUCAGCCCAGGUGGCGUGUCACGUCCCGGCCAUCCCCAACGGCUCCAGCACUCAGGCCGAACCCGACGAGCGCUCCGGAAAACUGACUGCCGAGCAGCUGGCUGCCAUCGAGGACGAAGAGCUCCUUGACAAAAUGCUCGAUGAGUCAAAAGACUUUGAGGAGAGAAAGAUGAUCCGCGCAGCCAUGAGAGACCUUCGCAAGAGAAAGAGAGAGGUCAAGCUGGGAUGUACUCAAGAGGAAAUAGACCAGAGAGAAAAGGAGCGCGACACCCGUCUGCAGGAGCUCCGGACGCAGAGAGAAGAACGAGCACAGAAAGGCCGUGCUGGGGUCGGAACGGGAGAGUUGGUGAUGAGGAAGGUGGAGAAGUCAGCGGAUGGCUCCAGUCACAGUCAAGUCACCAAGACGGACCGCUUCGCUUCAUCUGAUGAUGGGAGCAGAUCAACACGCAGCACUGUCGUCGAGGCCAGUUAUUUGCAGAAAACAGACAGAGGGACACUCCAGUCCAAAUCAUACAGCUACAGCUCUUCCACAUCAUCAUCAUCCUCCUCCAACACGGGCAAAAAAGUGGGCAGUGUGUUUGACCGCGAGGAUGACACAUCGUCUCGCAGUGGCAGCGGCGGAUUAGCUGCGGUGGAGCGGAGGCAGGCGGAGAGGCGCAAGGAGCUGAUGAGGGCUCAGACUCUGCCGAAGACCUCUGCCAUGCAGGCCCGCAAAGCCAUGAUAGAGAAACUGGAGAAGGAGGGAGGCGGCCCUGGAAAUCAGGCGGUCGCCAAGGUAAACAAGGUCCAGCGUUCCACCAGCUUUGGUGUACCCAACGCGAACUCCAUUAAGCAGAUGCUGCUCGACUGGUGCCGCGCCAAGACCCGCUCCUAUGAGCAUGUGGACAUUCAGAAUUUUUCAUCCAGCUGGAGUAACGGCAUGGCAUUUUGUGCCCUGGUGCACAAUUUUUUCCCCGAAUCCUUUGAAUACGAGUCCCUGAGCCCCAGCAACCGCAGGCAAAACUUUGAGGUGGCCUUCAGCACUGCAGAGACCUAUUGCAACUGCAUGCCUUUGCUGGAAGUGGAGGACAUGAUGAUCAUGGGUAACAAACCCGACUCCAAAUGCGUCUUCACCUACGUACAGUCCCUGGUCAACCACCUGCGCAGAUACGAGAUGUCCAUGGGUCGGCCCUGUGACCUCUGACCUCUGACCUGUGCUCAGUGACGUGCUCAGUGACGUGGCGUCACCCCCGGCCCUCCCCGUCCCUUCACCAGCCCUGACCCGUCCCCCAGCUCCAUCUUCACCUGAUGACGGCCUCCACACUGACAGGCUGCGUCACAGAGGUGCUCAUCUCUGAUGGACAAGUUGGGGAUUGUGUGUGCGUGUGUGUGUGUGUGUGUGUGUGUCAGUUUGCUUAUUAUCUUUGUUGGCAGUGGUGAUGUGUAUUCGUUAUUUCAUUAAGUCCACAUUUCACCAGCAAGAGAACGCCAAAGGUUUUAUAAGACUACCUUUUUAAGCUUUAAAAUUUUACAUCUUUUUUUUGUACUCAGCUUUGUAUCAGGUAAUAUUUAACUGUGUCAGUACACUAGUGGACUGAAAAACACAUCAAGACAGAAAAGAGAAAAUAUUUUUAUAGUAUUUCCCCUUUUAAAUUAUUUAUACCUACAUUUUUCUCUGCUUAUUGUAAUUUGCUGGCAUUUCUGUUGGUAAUUCCACAGAAGAAGAAAAAUACAUCCAACCAUAUGAUGCAUUAUUUGGGUUUUCAUUUCGGUACUUUUUCACUUUUGCCAAACUCUCGCUGCUUGACGUAUUUGAAUUAAGUUAUUCUCAUGUUGAUGUAAUCAAUGAGCAUAUUACUAUUUAAUACAUGAGCACAGGGAUGUUCUUUCUUCAUUGUUCAAUGUUUGAGUAAUCUCACCUUUCUGAACUCUGCAGUGCUACUGAGAACAUUGUACCCCUCCUACAUCACUGUGUCAUUAUUUUAACCGCAAAAUGCUUGCAGUCAAACACGUUUUUAAUUCAGGUAGAAAGAAAACAAGGAGUGGGUUGUAGUCUGAUGUCAUGCAGCUGAACUGUAUCAUUACUUGAUUUAAUAAUAAUAAUAAUAAUAAUAAUGUGUGUACAGCAGUGCUGCCAUCCUCCCCCAGCAUCACUGACUUGCCCUGCCAAACACACUCACACACAGCUCUGUUAGAGGGCUUCUUAUUUAUGCUCCAGUAGAUUUUUUGGAAAUAUAUUAUUUUUUAUUUUGUUAGUGUGUACAUUAUGCUUUUAAAAGCUUUGUUUAAAGCUGAGUCAAUAAGCUUAAUCUGUCACGAUGUUUUGUGAAACUGAUUGGGGUCACUUUUUGGAGAAGUUAAUAAGCUUUCUGUUUAAACGCGACUAAUCAUGACAGAACAUAACUGCCAAUUGUGUAUUUUACAACAUGAAGCUAAAGAAAAAAAUUUAAAUAAUUUUUAUUCCACUUGUAAAAUUAAGAUUUCUUUAAGAAGAUGUUGAAAAUCUGAUCGUUUCAGAGCUGAGCGAGCUUGAUGAAACUUAUUUCUGGAAGCUCUGUUUUAGAAGAUUUAGAGAAAUUAUUUGAGAAUUAUUCCACCGCUGCCAACUGAAAAACGAAUACCUUCCACGGAGCAGUGAGUGCUGUAAAUAAGAGCUUAAACACAUUAUAAUUUCAUGUUUCUGUGCACCACAGUUAAAUGUGAAUUAAGAUUAAACCAAUUUGAGAAAUGAA